UAGACCUCCAGAUCCAAUAAAUCCCGGAUAUACGAUGGAGAUGUAGUCAGUAAAAGUUACGAAAUCGCGAGAGAUGAUCACUUUUAUAAUUUUCACUAUAUUCGAGUUACAGAAUCGACCUUCAGCUUCCACUGAUCCUCUUUGGUGUAAAUGUAAUAAUAUUAAUUGUCACACGAUUCUGCCUGUGUCGUUUCUUGAAAAGUAUCGUAAUUAAGUAACGGAAUGUGACAUUCAUGCCGACGUAUGUAUGCAUUUCACCCGUAGCAGCACAUAUUAACUUUCGUCUGAUUUAGUCUGAGCUUAGACAAGGGAAGCUUGGAGGUUAAAAAAAAGUUUAGUACCGCUGCAAUUACGUGAAAGUGCCGUUAUUUAUUAAUAAACUAUAACCAAGAUGAGCCAAUUUAGUAAUGACAGUACUAGGUACAAAAAGCAAUCGUUAUAUGCCAGCAUUGCUUUAGGUAUCAUUGUAAUUUUGGUUUUUCUGAAUUUCCCGGCACUGUGCCAGGGACAUGAUCACAGUCACAAUGAACCUGCAAGUUUUAAAUACUCGAAAGACGCUAAUGAAGUACCACGAAAAUCUGCACCUCCAGUGAAAAAUCGAAAUGAGAUCCUAAUGCGAUCCAUGUGUUCCACUCUGCUCAUUUCUGCAGCUCCUUUCGUAGUACUUCUUUUUGUUCCAUUAGAUAAUACUAAAGAAAGAGAGCCUCUGUUGAAGAUACUUUUGAGCUUCGCCUCAGGUGGUUUACUCGGUGAUGCUUUUCUUCAUUUAAUUCCACAUGCAUUGACUCCGCAUGUAAAGGAUAAUGAUUCCGAUAAAAGCACACAUUCCCAUGGUCAUGCUCAUAGUCAUGGCGAGCACCACGAUCAUUCGGUCCAUAGUCACGAUAUGUCAGUGGGACUUGGUGUUUUACUUGGCAUAAUUACAUUUUUAACGGUAGAAAAGGCAGUGAGAUUAUUGAAAGAAGAUGGUGCAGAUUUGCAUUCGCAUGGAACUACCAGUGACAUUAAGGAACUUCAAAGUAACGCAAAGACAUCAGAAAAGAGUGAACCACAAGAGAAUGAUAAAUCCGUAUCAACUGACGUUCUCGGAGAUAUAAAGAUCUCGGGUUAUUUGAACCUGGUUGCUGACUUUAUGCACAAUUUUACUGAUGGUCUUGCCAUAGGAGCAAGUUAUUUGGCGGGGGAAAGUAUUGGCUACAUAACGACAAUUACGAUCUUAUUACAUGAAGUACCUCAUGAAAUAGGUGAUUUUGCCAUUUUAGUACAAAGUGGUUGUAGUAAAAGAAAGGCAAUGAUGCUCCAACUGGUAACGGCAGUAGGAGCUUUAUUAGGAACAUAUGUUUCUUUUCUAGCUGAUGGAAUGGGAGAUCUUGCAACAACGUGGGUACUUCCUUUCACAGCUGGUGGUUUCAUUUACAUAGCAACUGUUUCUGUUAUUCCUGAACUAUUAUCUGACACAAAGUUGUGGCAAUCAAUUAAAGAAAUUAUCGCUUUGCUUCUUGGAGUAUACAUGAUGGUUCUCAUUGCUCAGUUUGAGUAACAAAGAUUGAUUAAAAACCAAGACUACAUUUUUUUUUAAUACAAAUCAGGUAUGGAAAGUCAAGAAUGUUACAUGAUGACCAAAUCUCGUGACAGUGAAGAUGCACGGAAUAAUAACUUGUUGGACCUAGAAAAGUUCACAGUAUUUAUACAUAUACAUUUCAUUUAUUUUAGAUAUCUUCACAUUUUUUAGAGUGCUUGGGUCUUCUGUGAUAUUCUGUGCAUCAUUUGAUACUAAUUUCUUGAAUUUUGUGUUUGCAUUUACGAAAUGAACUUUUGUUCCUGAUGGACAAGCUUUAUUUCUUUUUAAUGUAGUUAUCGUAUGAUCCCUAGAUUAUUAUUAAUAGGCAAAUAAACAAUGUCCUUGUGACGACACAUGAUAUUUCUCUAUCUUAUAUGAUAUAUAUUUUUAUAUCAAGAGCAGGAAAUUCUUGAGUGUUUACAGUUUAAAAAUUCAAUAGAAGAAUAAAUGCAAAAUAAAUAUUUAACUUCGCAUUAUUUUGUGACUGACAAUGCUGCGAUAAUUUUCAAUUUACAUUUUACAUUAAUACAUCACAGAAUUUAAAUAUCUUAAAAUUUAGCUUAUGACUACAUUUUUUACACUUAUACUCCUGGAUUUAAGGAAUUUGUAUUUAAUUAGCUAUAAAUUGUGCGUUGUACUUAACAAUUUAUAAAAAUUUGUACAUUUUUAUAGUACUGAUACUAAAUUCAUUUAUAGAAAACUAAACAUCAUCGUUAUAAUCCUCCUCUAUACACACACGCGCGCGCGCGCGUACACACGUACACAAACACUUAUUAAUUUAAGCUAUCACGUUCUUCUAUCCAGGAGUAAUUGAAGAAGAAUACCAUAUUUACAUAGUUGAUUUUUUUUUUAGAGCACAAUGCAUUUAUCUAUGCUGCAUUGAAGCAAAAUUAUUUGAGAAUGAUACCAAUAAUAUAGUAUAGAUAUACUUUACAUUAGAACUGAUUAGAGGGAUAUUAAAUUGUUAGUUAUUUCUAUUUUUAUAAUCAACGUGUAGGGAUCAUUGUACGAAAUUAAUGGUACAUCUACAAUCAGUACUGUGCAAGUUGUUACGACAUACAUCUGAGCUGCUGUUCUAUCUUUUGUUAUCAAUUUUUGUAACCUUGAAGACUUUUCAUAAAAUUGUUGAAAUAAAUUUUAAUAGAUGA